CCUCAUCGGCUCGGCCAGGUCUCCUCCAGUGCGGUAGGUGGCAGCACAUUUAAAUCGGCUGGUACACAAGUAACCCUGAAGUCAGAAGUGGAAACGAAGUACAGUAACAAGCAAUGAAAGGUUAGUCCAUAGUGACUGGGUGGAGCGCCAACAUGCAGAGUUUGGUGGUGCAGGCACUUGCCAUGAGGCAGCUGGGAAGGCUGAACCCCCGCCACCUGCUGGCUGCUGGAUAUGGGCUGAGGCAGACUGAAUGGUGUCCCAGGGCCAUCCACACACGCCAGCUGUGGGGCCGCUCGGCUUUCCCCGCACUUGGCUGUCACAGGCCUGCGUUCCGUGGCAGAGACGCUGUCAGGGGUUGGUCUGUCUAUCAUCUGAGGUUUAAAAGCAGCAAGAAGAAAGGUGCUGCUAGGACAGUACAGGAGGAAGAGGAGGAAGAUGAGGAUGAAAAAGACCCUGAGGACAGUGAUUAUGAAGAUGAAGUGGAUGAGACCCCAAAUCUACCAAAGGAUUAUAAAGACAUGGAGAAAUAUGUGCAGUCCUUUCGCUAUGAUGUCAUCAUGAAAGCUGGCCUGGACAUGGCACGCAAUAAAAUUGAGGACGCCUUCUAUAACAACAAGCUCAGAGUAAAUGGACAGAAACUCAUCAAGAAAAGUAAAGUGGUGAAAGUCGGGGACACCUUGGACCUGGUUCUGUCGGAGAACCGCGAAACAAACACUGUUAUUCUGAUGAGAGUCGUCCUCCGGAGGGUUUUUGGUGAAUCCAGUAACACAGAAAAGUACAAAAUUGCCAUAAGGCGCUGGAAAUGUCUAGAACUUUCAAAGGACGAGGCCUUUAAGCCAUGAACUUGAAUAGGACAGUAAUGACUGUAAUAUCAUUGGCCAGUGAAGGCGACAACACCUGCAGAAAUGAAUGCCAUCAAAUGAGUGGCAUUUGAACGGUCUCUAACAACUUGGAUCUAGAAUGGAUUACAAAGGUAUACUGUAAAGGUUAACAGUUAUCAGUAGUUGUAGACAUAAAGCAGUUGGUUGGGUGAAAGAUUUUGAAUGUUUAUCGUUCCCCACUAUACUGUGAGACAAUAAAAGGUGCACUUUGAA